GAAACUUCGAAUCCAGAGCUUUGGUGGAGCCGUGGUGGCGCUUCCACGCGAAUCUCGCAGCCCCACUCGCUAUCCUCGUCCUCCCGCUCGUCUCUCUACCUUCGUUAUCUCCCUCUCGCUCGCUCGAUCGAUCAAGUCUCUUUCUCUUCGUACGCUGUUUUUGGAACCCUAAGAUUUAAUCCCUAGAGGUGUCAUUUUGAGAUUAUGGCCAAAGCUAGAAGGACAAGUCGCAGGAUCCAUUCGCGACGGAUCAGAGCACGACCAUACAAACUUCCGUCGUCUAACAAGCUCGGGGCAAGCAAAAUGUUUGCAGAAGAUUGUUCAAAGUGUCUAGAGAAGAGGGACUGGGAGAAUGUAAUAUGUUCGGUUUGUAUGGAGUGUCCUCACAACGCUGUUCUGCUCCUCUGCUCAUCUCAUGACAAGGGUUGUCGUCCAUACAUGUGUGGAACCAGUUUCCGAUAUUCCAACUGCUUGGAUCAGUACAAGAAAGCAUCAGCUAAACUAAAGCCAUCGAGCCAUCCACCGAUCAAUAAGUCUGAGCUUGGAAACCUCAAGUGCCCACUUUGUAGAGGGCAGGUGAAAGGUUGGACCAUCGUGCAGCCUGCGCGUGACUAUCUGAACCUAAAGAAGAGGAUCUGUAUGCAGGAGAAUUGUGUUUUUGCUGGAACCUUCAAAGAGCUGAGGAGACACAUGAGAAAAGACCACCCUUGUGCGAAGCCUCGUGAAGUUGAUCCUGAUGUGGAGCAGAAUUGGAGAAGGCUUGAGAUAGAGCAUGACCUGGAUGAUGUUACCAGCACGAUUAGGUCGACAAUGCCUGGUUCAGUGGUGUUUGGAGAUUACGUUAUAGAGAGGACCAACGUCCACGGUUCAGAUUCAGACGACGGUGCUGUUCAUUACAAUGUUGACGGCGUCAUCGAUGCUGGACUUUUGAAUGUUGUCCUUAUGUUGCAUUCUCUUGGGGCAUCAGUGAAUCAGACAAGACGCUCUGUUUCAGAUUCGAAUGACACGACUAUCAACCGUGGAAGAAGUGAGAUGAAUUUCUCUGGCGAGGAGGAGGAGGAAGACGACGAUGACGAUGAGGAGAGGCAGCACAGUAACUCUUUGGCAAGUCGAAUGAGACGACAAGGACGGGUUCUGCUGGGACGCUCAGGUAGGAGACGUAGAAAUAGAGAAGCUAACAGCUCAGGUCCUCCUAGAUGAGUGAGCUUAUUACACAAACUCAAAAAAAACAAAAACCCUUUGGUCUGAUUCUGGGUUUCAGGUAAGUUUUAUGGUAUGGUUAGGUACAAAUGUAGUUUCCCACAAGUUCAAAACAAACAAAAAAAGGGUUUUGACCUGUGAACUUCUUCUGCUUUUACCAUUAGAUAAUGGUUUGGUGUUUGAUAAUUUGGGAAUUUGACUCAAAUUUGUUUUCAUGGGCUCUUGAUUGUCAAAGAAGCAUGUUUGGUAUU